UCCUUCGCCAUCGCCAUCCAAUCAGACGACACCAGUGUUUAUCCGUCGAAAACAGCCAAGAUGGAGUGCUCGCUCAGCGUCUCUGGAUCCUCACCAAAGACCGACGACCUGGCGUACGAAGUGCGUUGGUUCUUCACCAGGCUGCGUGGUGGACAGACGACGACCCAGGUGGCCAGUGUCGACCGCUUCGGCAUCAUGAAGAGGGAGGAGCGCAACUCCUCCAGCGAAGUUGCCAUAGAGCGCAAGGACACGCACACCUACCUGAUGAACAUCUUCGGCACUCAGGACAGUGACAGCGGUGAGUAUUACUGCGUGGCCACGCCCUGGUACCUGUCAGCCUCCACGGGAGCCUGGACUCAAGGUGUAGAGCUGACGUCGUCCCGAGUCUUCCUCACGGUCCAGUUCGCUGUGUGGGACUCUCUACAGUUACCUCUUCUAUACGGUGCAUCGGCCUCAAUAGGUGUGGGCCUCUUCUCUCUGGUUCUGGGUCUGGUUUGCGCCCAUUGCUGUUGCCGCAACACCACGCACACUCCACGCUCACGCAACAAACUGAUGGACCUGGAGAUGGACUGACAAACACUUUCCCCCGCACCCUCACACUGCAGCAGCGCUCACAGGAAGCACCACACACACAACAGACACACGCCCGUAGACGAUUUCUGGGACACGCAGCUGUUUCCGGGCGACGGACGUUGGGAGUAAAACGGUGUGCCGCUUCGGAAACAGUAGCGCAACUGAGGUGCUCUGGAUUUAUUAGCUCUGCAGUGGGGGAGCAGGGGACUGUUUGCUUUUAUUUUUACAAGGACCGAGGAGGAAGUAGCCUUUGAGACUUGUCCACAGUUUGAAUUUUGGAGGGACAGGAGACUUUUGAGACAUCACUGCCACUUGGGAAUAAAGGACCACUUACACAUCUGCUGCCUCUGCAACCACUAGGGAUAACAAGUGGAGCACUCAGGCUGGACGACAUGCUUUCCUUUUUUUGAUUUCCUCUAACGCCAUGGCUUCCUGCAAAGUGUCUGUUCCUGAUCCUGUUAUUGGAUCUCAGAGUCGAGGCACGCCAGCGUACCCUGUUGCAUUUGUGAAGCUGGGGGGUGGAGAGACGGAGGUGGCUUUUCUUUUCACCUGUUUGUUUGGACUUUGUGUCUGCAAGGGUUUCAAUCACAUGGCUGAAGUUAUUUUGUAUUUGCGGAGGCUGAUGUUUUAGGCAGCCCGAGCCUUAUUUCUGUCCCGGACAAGGUCGCGGUUUAAGCGAUCGUCUUCGUUCGGUCGGCAGAGGUCCAAGAAAACAAAAGUGCUCCACGUGUUUUCCUCACACGAGAGGUAUUGCACUAGAACUCCCACCCCAGAGUAUUCCUACCUUAACAAAGGGACAAGAUAAACCUUUAUUCUCACCUCUAGUUUUUUGAAAAUUAAGAGAUUUUAAAUCAAGAGACAUUUUUAAGCUUUACAAGGAGAUAUGCAGUUGGUGUGUGUUGUGUGUGAGAAAUACUGUACGUGGUGCCAACAUGUGAACAAACCGAGGUGUGCUUGGUUCAUUUAUGCCAGAUCAACACUUGAACAGCCGCUUAAAGUGGCGACAACGAGCACUCUUCUUUUCUAGGUAUUCAGAAGUGUAUCCAGCUGUUAUUUUUGCCUGAGUCUUGUGUGUGUUUUCGUACACCGUGUGUGAGCGCUGUGCUACAGUAUGCGAGGCAAAGAGUUGCAUGUACUGUUUUUUUUUAAAGGCGUAAUGGUCAUCCGUGAGUAACACAGGCCCCUUUGCAGGGUCUCGUUUUGAUGACAUCAAAGUGUCCCACAUCCAGAUCUUUAAACCCAGCUGUCACUCCCCUGAUCAAGACACGACUGUUGUAACGAGACUGUGGGCGUCGCCAGAAACUUUCUGAGCAGGAAAAUCUUGAGGCUUUUAGAAGAACUGGUUCAGCAUUUUGAGAAAUAUGCUUAUUUGCUUUUUUUUAUUUCUGAAGACCUUUUUCACCCGAACUCUGGUGUCGCUGGUGUGGUUAGAGUAGCUUAGCAUACAGACCGAAAACAGGAGCAAGUGGCUAAUCUGGUUCUGAGAAACAGAAACGUUUCUACAAACGAAAUGUAAAACUGACAAUUUGCAAUUGUAUAACUAUUUGUUUUGGCAGAUGGAAAAAAUUGGAGGAUUAAACUCCUCUUUUAAAUCACUAACUGUCGUUUUGUUCAUGUACAGUUUAAACAAAUUCAAUACAGCAUUAAUAAGUGACAUUUACGAUAUUACCUCCUAAUUUGUUUAACGAAAUGAGAACCAAACAUCACUGAGACAUUGUUGAUGUUUUCCGCAGCUCGUCUAGCAGUUCCCCUCUGUUUCCAUGUUUUUGUGCUAAGCUGUGAUAAACAUCUGCCGGACCCAAUGUUGGCAAACAAGCACAUGUUUUCAAAAUGUCUGAGUGUUCCUUUGUAAGCGGUUUCAGAGAUUCCAACUCCAACACAAGCUGCGCCCCCUUUUUCAAAUAAAUUAAGAUGUUUUACCUUAUUUUUCCCUUUUUCUUUUUAACAGUGCACUUAACAGGUAAAAUUGAAAGAGAUCACGUUUGAAAUCUCUCACGACCGGCUGAGCCAGACAUCUGUUGAGUGUGAAUGAACUUGUGGUGGCUGGUGUAUCGUGUUUGACCACACACACACACACACAUACACACAGUUCCAGUAAAAACACACAACUUGAGGAAGUUUGUGUUCAAACUCAGCAGGAUCCAAUUAAAACUGUUAGUUUAGUAAUAAGACGUGCCGGGCCGACUGGGCUGGGACAGAGCUUUGUUUUUUGCAUUUGAAAUAGAUUUACAAGGUAUUUAAAGCAACUAUCAGAACUUUAUGAGCAAUAUGAGACUUUUUUUCUUUAUUUUAAACCAAUAUAUGAUCUGAAUCAACUAAAAAGGAAUGAAAUCUGACGUCCACAUUGGAUACCAGAACAAACCUUCGAUCUGUGCUGCUGUUUGGACGUUAGAGCUUGUUCCCCUGACUAUUUUGUGAAAUAUUGAUGAUUAUAUGUGUGUUUUGGUUUGAUUGAUGGUGACGGAAACUUCCAGUAGGUCUCCAUUAAUCCAGCCCACUCUGUGUUAGUGCUGUGGCAAUAUUCAAUAUAGGUUUUUACCACUAACACACAUACAUGAGCUCACAGGUGAAUAAUAGGGCUCUGGGCCGAGUGCUUUUAUCUCUUAAAGCAUUGAGACACAUCACUGAACACGUCACGGCAAAGCUUUCCCAGUGUCUUUUCAUUUGAUCAUUUUAUCGCAAUGAGUAUGAUGAAUUAUGUCUUUUUAAAUAAAUAGAUUUGUAAGAUGUA